GUCAGAGCUACGUUGAGACAAACGGAGCAGCUGCAGAUAUGUCAGAGUCCUUGUCAGCUGAGAGGGACAGGAUCCAGAGACAGGUGGACGAGUUGGAACAGAGUCUCUCUGUGACUCAGAAUGAACUGGACAUGCUGAGCAGUGAGACAGAUGAUGGCUCAGACAGCGAGGACGAGCUGGGACAGGUCCAGUGUCCAGCUGACCUGUUGGCCCAGAAGGAGAAGAUCCAGACAGCAAUCCAGAAUCUGGAGGACAUGCUGGGACCGCACAGUCCAAUAAGUGUGUCCAGCGAGGACAGUUCCAGUGCUGAGAGUGACCUCGGUCUGUCAGAGUCCGUGGACUCGUGUCUUCAGCUGAACCUGGUCUACCAGCAGGUUGUUCAGGAGACGCUAGACCACCUGGAGACACUCCUGGUCCACAACCAGACACAGCAGAGGGACAUCACGUCUCAGCUGUAUGGACCAGACAAAGACCGAACCACCUCGUCCCUUCAGCAUCCAACCAAGAUGUUCCUGGGGAGCUUCCUGAAACCGUACUUCAGGGACAAACUCACAGGACUGACGGGGAGGACAGCCUUCAUGUGUCUUCAGAUGUUCCAGCGUUUCGUCUCAGACACUCUGAAACGCAGCGUCUGGACUCCAGAAGAAGAUGCUCAGCUCAGAGAACUCAUAGACAAGAUGAGGAUCGGAAACUUCAUCCCCUACACGCAGAUGAGUUACUUCAUGGAGGGCCGUGACCCAGCUCAGCUCAUCUACAGGUGGACCCAAGUGUUGGACCCGAGUCUGAAGAAGGGCCCGUGGACCAAGCAGGAGGACAGGCUCCUGCUGCAGGCCGUGUCUCGUUAUGGACAGAGGUAUUGGUGGAAGGUCCGGUUGGAGGUUCCUGGACGCACCGACAGCAGCUGCAGAGACAGGUAUCUGGACUGUCUGAGGAAGGGCGUGAAGCGAGGACCUUUUGACCAGCAGGAGAUAGAGUUGCUGAAGAUGUUGGUGGAGAAACAUGGAGUCGGUCGUUGGUCAAAGAUCGCUGCAGAGAUCCCUCAUCGUUUGGACGCUCAGUGCAUGAGAGAGUGGAGGAAACUGAGCCGACUUCCUAAGAGGCGAGAGAAGAGGAAAAAGCCACGAAGAAGAAGAGGAGAAGGAGGAGAAAAAAAGGAGGUGAAGGCGGCAGCUUCAAUCCAGAGGAGAGUGGGGAGGCAAACAGUGAAUAUCAAAAUGAAAGAAGAGGAGGAGAUGACUGAGGAGGAGGAAGAGGAGGAGGAUGUGAUAGUGCAGUACAUGGACAGUGAUGAAGACGCAAAGGAGGAAAAGAAGAAGGUGGUGCAGACUGGGGAGGCGGAAGAGGAGGAGGAGUAUGUGAUCCCCCCAAUGAAGGAGUGGAUCCCAGCUGAGAAAAAUCAAACUGACUCCUUCCUGAAGUUUCGCCUGGCAGCGCUGCCUUCAUCAGCUGACCCUCAGGACGAAAAACCCGUCCGCUCCACCAUCGUGAGGAAGUCGGGAAACUCCGUCAUCUUCGGACCUCCUCCCAGAGAGCUGCGGUGGGAGGAGCGUCACAGCAGCGCCGCCAUGAUGAUGGUGUCACGUGACCAGCUGCGAGCCCACCUGAGCCUCAUGGAGCAGGAGUCCAAAAGGGCCAAUCCCCGACCUAGAAGAGGAGCGCUGACCCGAGUGAUGAACAGGGGCUUAGACUACGAGCUGCAGGCCGCCAUCACGCCGUGGAUCGGAAACCUGCUGUUCGCCAAGAACAAGAGGAAGACGAUGGCGGACAUCCUGAGGGAACAGGCGGAGACGAACGAAGUUUCCUUCUCCUCCGUCUUCCUGCUGCUCCUCCAUGCCAUGAACGUGGACAUCAAUGGCUGCAAGAACAUGAUCGAGAAGAAGAAGGUGGUGCAGGCCCCACCCCCCACGACCUCAACAAACAUGGCGAUGGAUCCGAGGAGAAUCACAAAACUCUGUCAACAGAAGCCGAGUAAGCAGGAGGAGGAUGAGCAGCGCGAGCUGAUGCUGCAGCAGCUUCAGGAGGCACAGCGGGAGAAAUGCAGGCAGCCUCCUCGGAGUCAGCCCCGCCUCCUCCAUCAGCUACUUCCUAAGGUGACUCUUCGGUUGCCUCCUAACAGGAUUCCUCAGGUGUUUCCUCGCUGUGUCCUCCUUCCUUCUCCUGUCACUCAGCCAACUGUUGCUUCCAUUCAGUUUGCUCCUCCUGCACCUCCUUUCUCUGUCUCAAUGCUGCCAAACUCCUCUCCCACUGUCAUCCCUUUAGCCCUGCCCACUUCAUCUGUUUCUAUUGGCUCCACAGUGACCAGUAACCAUGCUGUUCUGACCACCUCCAUCACUUCCAGCUCCACCCUGAGCCCCUCCACAAGGAGGGAGGAGGAGAUCACCUGCAGAGGCCAAAGCAGGAAGGAAGUUCCAGGUGUGGGUUUAUCAGAAACUGAUGGAACCCAAGAAAUGAGCAGUCAAACAGUCAGAUAUUCUUCUUCUUCCUCCCUCCAGUCUACAGCUCCUCCUCCUCCUCCUCCUCAAUCAUGCUCUCCUUCCUCUGCUAAAGGACUCAGUUUAGCUCCACCCACCUCAACAGUGCUCAGUGAACCUCCAUUUUUCUUCACCGCGUUGCCCCUUAGGGACCAUGACUACAUUGCUCAUAAUGCUGGCCCCACCCUCAAACACCCUGAUCCCACCCCCCAAAAAAAUCUUAAAUGUAAGUCUGGAGGCAGAAAGAGGAAGAAAGAAAAGGAGGAGCAACAGGAGGUGGGCGCAGCCUGUGCUGUUGCGACUCAGGAUGGGAAGCGGCUUCGAAAGCCAAGUCUGAAGGCCAGGGAAGCAAAGGCGGUCCAGACUGAAGCAAAGAAGAAGAGAAGCUCUGCCUCCCACCCGCAGCAGAAACGGGCCCGCAGAUCCGGCUCGAAGGAGGCCGUCAUCAGUCAGACUCGGCCCCUUGCUCAGGCUGCGUCAUUGUGUUUACCUCCAAGUCAGACCAUGUGGGUCAUGACCCCUUCUGGACUUGUUCCAGUGGUACCACCUCCACAUGCACAGCUGGCAAUCUUACCGAGUGUCCCCUGCCCAGCUCCUCUGGCUCCGCCCCCUCUCACUGCAGAAAGCCUGCGCUUUGUUGACCUGAAACCAGUCGUGUCCGUAAAUUCUCAAAAUCCUGCCUCAACCACCUGUCAGUCCAAGCCCCUCCCUUCAGCCAAGGUAUUGUCACAUGACCCAAACCAUAGCCCCUCCCACCAGACUCCUGCUAAAUUGAUCCUGCCAUAUAAGGGUGUGAUCAAAGUGGACUCACCCAAGGCUCCUCCCCUCAGGAGGGAGGAGCUGCACUUUAAACCCGCCCUAAUAUCUCUAGAGCCCCCAGAGGCUGUGCGUGAUUGGCUGAGUGGGCGGGGGGGCGUGUCUGUGCCUGGAACGAAGUCGGCCCUCCCCUACCUGCCUCCGUUUGUUAGUACUCUGAGCACGCUCAGUGCGCUGCUUCGGACCAAAAAGACUCUGACAAAGUUGUCUCUGCAGCUGCUGAGUGGCGCCAGUGAACCACAAUCCUCUCAGACUGAUCCUGGUUCUGCUCACUCCCCCUCAGACCUGCCAGACUCCACGUCAGACCGCAGACCAGCUGAAAACCAACCAAGUAGCCCGCCUGAUCCACCUGCCAGCUCAGACCAGCAGGAGGAGGAGGAGGAGCAGCAGGUGAAGGCGGUGCGUCAGCUGGUGGCUGAGCGUUUCUCCUCUAACCCCGCCUACCAGCUGCUAAAGGCUCGCUUCCUGUCCUGCUUCACUGUCCCCGCCCUCCUGUCCACCAUGCAGCCAAUCACAAAGAAGAAACUUUCACAUAACGCCAACCAGGAGGAGGAGGAAGACAGAGAAGAGGAAGAGCAGCUGAAGAAAAUCGAAGAGCGAGGAAGAAAAAGAAUAACUGAGAGAUCUUUGCUGCAGCUUGAUGGUUCUGCAGCUUCGGCCAAUCACUUCUCAGGCAUGAUCAGCCGGCCCGCCGCAGACCCACAACGGGUUCCACAGAACCAAACCAUGGAAACCAGAUCCGAGCCAUCCUGUGGAAACUGGACCGGAUCAUCAGACUGUUAACAUUUUACAUCUGACCGGACCUGAAGGCCGGACCUGAAGACCGGACCUGAA